AUGUGCCGGUUCAAACAUGAAGUGAAUCCAAUGAUUCAUCGUGGAGAAGGAGCCAUUGGUGGAGGACAGUCGAUAUCUGGCGCCGAGGCUGAUGAGGAUUCUUCCCAGUGGCUCGAUGAUCAGUCUGCACGACAGCACGGCAUGGAAAUCCUCUUGGAAAUUCCAAGUGAGAUUCAUGAUCGUCCUUGUUCCCCACUCGAAACGUCCGAAGGGUCGCGACGCGAGCUCGCCGAUGGAGAUGGAGCACGGUCAGAUCUCGGGGCGUCUCGUGAGAACAAUGUGAUCGGGAUGGAUCAGAACGAGACGGGGAUAAUUCAGAGGGGGAUCCGGGAAGUCGGACGUCUCUUCUACCUAGCGGAUCCGUGGGAAACGUCUUUCGAGAAGCCAGAGGAGGUUCCUGACUAUGUCACUCAGGCGGUUCCGUAUUUCUUUCUUGGGAUCAUCUUGGAAAUAGCAAUCCUCUGGAAGCAGGGGAAACCCCCCAUUCGACUCGACGAUGGCAUGGCCUCCAUGGCCGGCGGAUUCCUCAUGGAAAUCACACGGUCAGUCGGAGCUUCCACAUCUUAA